UCUUCGGGUUGUUGUUUGGAAGACGCUUAAGAAGUCUGAGGUGGAUCGUCUGGCUGCUCAGGAGACGCGCGUGUUGUGUUUACCGCUGAGGAAGUUUUGUUGACACUGUUCGUCGUGAGCCGUCUUCAGCCGCCUUUCAGAAUGCGAAUCUCACUGAUCCUUCUGGCGUGUGUGUCCUGCGCCGUGACCUUCCCUUCGUACUACUUUCCCUUUAGCAAUUCCCGAGGAGUGAGUUGGGUCCGGCGAGUGUUGGACUGUCCUGAGCUACUCUACGGUUCUUACGAUCCCAGCAGAUGUCGCCCGAGGAGGGAGAGACGCCCCCAACAGGCCCACCCGCAGCUGACGGUUCUGGAGAUCGUGGAGCCGGAGCCGGGGCGUAUUAGCGUACAUGAGGACGAGAACGGGGGAGUCUUCGCCAUCAGAGUGCCGCACCAGUACAAAGCUGACAAGCCCAAGUGUAAAUCCCACGAGAUUUACGUCGGUGAACUGGACAUAUGCGUCGAUGGGGAGGAGCAUCUGGUGAAGCCCAAAGUGACGGACAGCAAGCGGGGGCAGGAGAAGCAGAAGGAGGACAAGAAGGAGCCAGUCAAGGUGCUUCAGGUUGGCGAGUACGAGAAGGAAAAGUGCGGCCCUGGGGAGAUUUGGGUGCCUGAGGUGGAUGCUUGUCUAGAUAGAAACCCACCGCCGCCCCUUGAACCUGAGGACAGCCCGCCAAAACGCCAGCGAAGCAAGAAACAUGGAUAUUAGAGAGAGAGA